CGGACGGACGGGACCGCGAGGCCGCUGGGCGGCGGUGGGCUCUUGCUGCCCCUGUGCCGAAACCCCGCUCACCUGGCCAGGACCCUGGCCCCAACAUGGCCCGUCGCUCUCAGAGCAGCUCACAGGGGGACAACCCACUGGCACCUGGGUACCUGCCACCUCACUACAAAGAAUAUUACCGCCUAGCGGUGGAUGCAUUGACCGAGGGUGGGCCAGAAGCCUACAACCGUUUCUUGGCAUCUGAGGGGGCACCGGACUUCCUAUGCCCCGAGGAGCUGGAGCACGUGAGCCGCCACCUGCAGCCCCCACAGUAUGUGGCCCGGGAACCCCCUGAAGGCACCCCGCCCGAUGUGGACAUGGACGGCUCCUCGGGCACCUACUGGCCAGUGAACUCAGACCAGGCAGUGCCUGAGCUGGACCUGGGCUGGCCCCUGACAUUUGGCUUCCAAGGCACAGAGGUCACCACACUGGUACAGCCGCCGCCACCUGACAGCCCCAGCAUCAAAGACGAAGCUCGGAGGAUGAUCCGCUCUGCCCAGCAGGUGGUAGCCGUGGUGAUGGACAUGUUCACUGACGUGGACCUGCUCAGUGAAGUGCUAGAGGCCGCUGCAAGGCGAGUCCCGGUCUAUAUUCUUCUGGAUGAAAUGAACGCCCAGCACUUCCUAGACAUGGCCGACAAGUGUCGCGUCAACCUGCACCAUGUGGAUUUCCUGCGCGUGCGCACAGUGGCAGGUCCUACUUACUACUGUCGCACUGGGAAGUCUUUCAAGGGCCAUCUGAAGGAGAAGUUCUUGCUUGUGGACUGUGCCGUAGUGAUGAGCGGGAGUUAUAGCUUUAUGUGGUCCUUCGAGAAAAUCCACCGCAGCCUGGCUCAUGUGUUCCAGGGAGAGUUGGUCUCCAGCUUCGACGAAGAGUUCCGCAUUCUCUUCGCACAGUCGGAGCCACUGGUGCCCUCAGCUGGGGCGCUAGCCCGCAUGGAUGCCUAUGCGCUUGCUCCAUACUCUGGGGCUGGGCCCCUGGUGGGCGUCCCCGGGGCUGGAGCCCCAACACCUUUCUCUUUCCCUAAACGGGCGCACCUCCUGUUCCCACCGCCCAGGGAGGAAGGCUUGGGCUUUCCCUCCUUCCUAGACCCUGACCGCCACUUCCUAUCGGCUUUCCGCCGAGAGGAGAUGCAGCGAAUGCCCGGGGGUGCGUUGGAGCCUCAUACAGGGCACCGGCCACUGGCUCGCCCAACUGAGGCUGGGCCGCUCGGAGAGCUCGCGGGCCCCCGGGGCUUCUUCCAGUCACGGCAUCUGGAAAUGGACGCCUUCAAGCGGCACAGCUAUACUGCGGCUGAUGGAGCUGGAGCCGUAGAGAACUUUGCAGCUGCACGGCAGGUGUCGCGACAAACAUUCCUCAGUCAUGGUGAUGACUUCCGCUUCCAGACCAGCCACUAUCUGCGGGAUCAGCUCUACCAUCAGCAUUACCAAUGGGACCCACAGUUUGCUCCUGCGCGCCCACAGGGCUUCUUCGAAAAGCUUCGUGCAGGCCGACCUGGCUUUGCGGACCCUGACGACUUUGCACUAGGUGCUGGUCACCGCUUCCCAGAACUCAAUGCUGAUGUGCACCAGCGACUGGAAUAUGUGCCAUCCAGCGCAUCUCGGGAGGUGCGCCACGGCUCGGAUCCCGCCUUUGGACCCAGCCCCCGUGGUCUGGAGCCCGGUGGGGCCUCGCGUCCCAAUCUGGGCCAGCGUUUUCCAUGUCAAGCAACCUUGAGGCAGGGCCUGGACACCGCUCCAGAGGCAGAGCCAGAGCGCAGGGGUGGACCCGAGGGCAGGGCCGGGCUGCGGCACUGGCGCCUCGCCUCCUACCUGAGCGGUUGCCACGGUGACGGUGGGGAGGAGGGUCUACCCAUGGAGGCUGAGGCCUGUGAAGAUGAAGUGGUGGCUCCCGGAGGCCGGGACCUGCUCCCCUCGGCCUUCCGCACUCCUGCAGCCUUCCCAGUUAAGGGACCAAAGCCAGGCUCAGGAAGCGGUGGUGGGGACAGCUCCGAGCGAGAGGGCACAGAAGAGACAAGCCUAGCUAAGCAGGACUCCUUCCGCUCACGCUUGAACCCGCUCAUCCAGCGCAGCUCCAGGCUGCGUUCCUCGCUCAUCUUUGCCUCACAGGCUGAGGGUGCUGCUGGGACCACAGGGGCCACCGCUGAAAGAGUACAGCUCAUGCACAAAGAGCAAACCGUCACUGAAACUCUGGGUCCCAGCGGAGAGGCUGUUCGUUCCAGCGCCUCGGCCAAAGUGGCGGAGCUACUGGAGAAAUACAAAGGCCCUGCCCGGGACCCUGGCGGCGCUGGGGGUGCCGUCACUUCCUCCAGCCACAGCAAGGCUGUAGUGUCCCAGGCCUGGCGGGAGGAGGUGGUAGCCCCAGGAGGAGCAGGAACUGAGCGCCGCAGCCUUGAGAGUUGUUUGCUUGACCUGCGCGAUUCCUUUGCCCAGCAGUUGCACCAGGAGUCAGAGCGACACCCAGGAGCCGCUUCGCUGACUGCUGCGCAACUGCUCGACACGCUGGGCAGCACAGACCGCCUGCCAUCGCGUUUCCUCCCCUCCCAGGGCCGCUCCUUGUCUCCACAAGGUCGAGAUAGCCCUCCGCCAGAAGGGCUUGGGACAAACCAGCUGCCUUAUUCUGAGCCAAAAGGGAGCCCCACCCCAGCCUACCCUGAGCGCAAGGGGAGCCCCACACCAGCCUACCCUGAGCGCAAAGGGAGCCCCACCCCAGCCUACCCUGAGCGCAAGGGGAGCCCCACAUCUGGAUUUCCCAAUCGGAGGGGCAGCCCGACCACAGGAUUGAUGGAGCAGAAGGGGAGUCCCACCUCGACCUACCCAGACCGUAGGGGCAGCCCGGUGCCCCCGGUGCCUGAGCGCAGGGGUAGUCCAGUACCCCCUGUGCCCGAGCGCAGAGGCAGUCUCACCUUCACUGGGGAGUCUUCGAAGACUGGGCCUACAGAGGAGGUGUCUAGCGGCCCCAUGGAAGUCCUGCGAAAGGGUUCUCUCCGUCUCAGGCAGCUGCUGAGCCCAAAGAGUGAGCGGCGUGGGGAGGAUGAAGGCAGUAGCUUCCCAGCUCCGCAGGAGAAUGGGCAGCCUGAGAGCCCCCGGCGGUCCUCACUGAGUCGGGGUGACAGCACGGAGGCUGCUGCGGAGGAGAGAGGCUCAAGGGUCCGCUUAGCUUCAGCUACCGCCAAUGCUCUGUACAGCAGCAACCUGCGAGAUGACACGAAGGCCAUUCUAGAGCAAAUCAGUGCCCACGGCCAGAAGCACCGCGCAGUCCCUGCUCCAGGUCCAUCCCAUAGCAGUCCUGAUGUAGGUCGCCCAACAACUGCAGGAGACUUGGCCCCAGACAUGUCCGACAAGGACAAGUGUUCAGCCAUCUUCCGCUCAGACAGCCUAGGGACACAAGGCCGGCUCAGCCGCACCCUGCCAGCCAGCGCAGAGGAGCGUGAUCGGCUCCUUCGCCGCAUGGAGAGCAUGCGCAAAGAGAAGCGUGUCUACAGCCGCUUCGAAGUCUUCUGCAAAAAGGAAGAAGCUGGCAGUAGUGGGGCAGGAGACAACUUGGCAGAUGAGGACACCAGGGACAGUAAAAUGGGCAAAUUUGUUCCCAAGAUCCUGGGCACAUUCAAAAGCAAAAAAUGAUCUGGUCUCGGAGGCCAGGACUCUGCAUCACUGCCAUACUGAACCUACUGUACCCAUCCAGAGUGGUGGCUGCGAGGCUGGGGUCAAGGCAGUUUGGGACCUGGCUGACCACCACCUCAACUGAGCUCCACUUGAAUUCGCCUGACAGCAGCACUGCCUCUCACUCUGGGCUUUCCCACGAGGGGCUCAGUCCCUCCACCUGGUGCAUUUCCUAAUCACCUCCUCCGUCUCAGCCUCUGCCAUCUCCCUCGCGGGCUCACGUCUACUUUGGGUCUUAUUUUACCUCAGGGAUCCAUCUCUCUGCCUUACGCUCCAGUUUUUCAAGAACCCGCUUGUGCCUCAGUUCCUCUUUAAGGCCUUUUAUCUCAGGGCUUUUUCUCAGGGUUUGCAUCUCACAGCUCCUGGUCCUCUCCCUCUGGUGACAGCCUCCUCCAUCUCCACCUCUCUCUGGAACACACCGUGUUGCUCCCACUCUGUCUCCUCAUUGCCUCCUAGCACUUUCUUGGCAUCUGCCCUCUUGCUGUUUGGAUGGCAGAGUUGGUCUGAGGCAGUUUAAGGGUAGAGGGAUGCUGGAUAGGAGAGAUGGUUGGAAAGGAGUUGCCAAACACCUAAGGGGCCCCCUGCCUCAGGCCACGUCUGCCCUCUUCAGCAAGUUUCUGGCUAGCACUUGAAGAGGAGCCAAGAUUGGGGAGCACUGGACUUUGCAGUACAAUAAAGGAAUCUGGACAGAC